CCACUCCACUCCACUCCACUCCCGAGAGAGGAAAUUCCCUCACCCUCUUCCUACUCUACUCACCCACACCACCGCCCACCCCACUCUUCUUCCGGUCUUCCUCGCUGUCUUCUUCCCCAGCCCUCCAGUUCGAAAAUUCCCACCCUCGCGCCCAAACUCCAAACCCUAGCCGGUCCGGUCCGGCCCAGCCCCCCCUCCGCCCCGCCGGCCCCGCGCGCGGAACAUGCGGGAUCUGGGCCCAUGGCGACCGGCCCCGAUCUGACCUCCUCCUCCGCCGCCGACGCCGCCGCCUCGUCGGCGGCCAAGAAGGACCGCCACAUCGUCAGUUGGAGCGCCCAGGAGGAUGACGUGCUUCGCGCUCAGAUUGCGCACCAUGGAACUGACAAUUGGACAGUCAUAGCCACACAAUUCAAGGAUAAGACUGCCAGGCAGUGCAGGAGGAGAUGGUACAAUUAUUUGAAUACAGAGUGCAAGAAAGGCGGGUGGUCUCGUGAAGAGGAUAUGCUUUUAUGUGAGGCUCAAAAGCUUCUUGGUAACAAAUGGACCGAAAUAGCAAAGGUUGUCUCAGGCAGAACUGAUAAUGCAGUGAAGAAUCGAUUUUCUACGUUAUGCAAAAGGCGGGCCAAGGAUGAUGAACUAUUCGAGGAAAAUGGCACAGUAUGCUCCAAUGCAAGUGCAAAGAGGGUACUGACACAGUCUGGUGGCGUCACAUGUGCUGCACCUGGCUCCUCACCACCUAUUAAGAACAUGAGCUCUUGCAAACCUGAUUUCAAGGAGAACAUAGCACCAAAUAUGAAGUCAUUUGCACAGCAAAAGAGCAUACAACAGGAUUCUCGGCAACCCCUUGCUAGCAUUUGUCCAGACAAUCAGAGUGUGAAUAUUGUAAAAACCCAGAGUCUUGUCACUAAAACCUCAACAAAGCAAUUACAUGGCGAAGAACAGAGCUGUGUGAAGCAUGAGGGUAAUUUUUUGAAAAGGAAUGAUCCAAAACUUGCUACUUUACUUCAGCAAGCUGACUUGCUUUCUUCCCUAGCAACAAAAGUAAAUACUGAAAAUACAAGCCAAAGCAUGGAUGAAGCCUGGCAGAAACUACAGCAUCAUUUGGUUAAGAAAGAUGAUAAUGACAUGUCAGAGAGCAGUAUGUCUGGAACAGCUUCACUCCUAGACGAUCUCGACGAUUUAAUUGUUGAUCCCUAUGAGAAUGAAGAAGAAGAUGAACAGAAGUCCAGAGAGCAGAACGGAGCAACAUCACAAAUGGCUCCUGAUCAAAUAAUGGAUAAUUGCCCAGUAGAUCAAAUCGCAGAAGAAAGUAGCCUUUGUGGAAACACACUAUCUAGUACUAUGGAACCUUGCCCAGUUGCAGAAAUUCUAGCUCAUAUAAACUUGGGUGAGGCUGCGGAAGAUAUGGGGCUUCAUUUCAUGGAAUACAGUUCUCCUACUCGUGCAGCUCAAGCUCAGCAAGCUAAAGCAGAUGCAGAAAUACCAGCGUCUGUAGACUUGAGUGAGUCUGCCGAAGGUAGCUGGUCUCAGUUUUUGGAAUACACAUCUCCCGCUCAUACAGUUUUGCAUGCUAACAGUUCUCCUGCUCAUACAGUUCAAGCUGAGCAGGCUAAAGCAGAUGCAGAAAUACCAGUGUCCGUAGACUUGAGUGAGGCUGCCGAAGGUAGCUGGUCUCAGUUUAUGGAAUACACGUCUCCUGCUCAUACAGUUUUGCAUGCUGAAGGAGAUGCAGAAACACCAGCAUCUGUAAAGUUGAGGGAGGCUGCUGAAGGUAGCCUGCCUCAGUGUAUGGAACAUAUGUCUCCUGCUCAUACACUUCUGCGAGCUAAAAGAGAUUCUGAAAUACCAGCAUCCGCAAACUCGAAUGAGGCUGCAGAAGGUAGCUGGUCUCAAUUUAUGGAAUACAUGUCUCCUGCUCAUAUAGUUUUACAUGCUAAAGCAGAUGCAGAAACACCAGCAUCCGUAAAUUUGGGUGAGGCUGCCGAAGGUAGCCUGCCUCAAUGUAUGGAACCCAUGUCUCCUGCUCAUACACUUCUGCGAGCUAAAACAGGUUAUGAAAUACCAGCAUCAGCAAACUUGAGUGAGGCUGCCAAAUAUGACAGUCUUCAGUGUACAGAAUGCACCUCUCCUGCUCGUGCAGAUUUGCAAGCUAAAGCAGAUGCAGAAAUAUCGGAGAAUUUCAGUGAGGUUGCCCAACAUAGCAGGCUUCAAUGUGCUAAAUUUACUUCCCUUGCUCACACUGCUAGCAAAGGUAAAGCAGUUGCGAAGAAAGGAACUUCAGAGAACUGCAGCGACGUUCCCGAAGAUAGCAGCACCCAGCCAUGCAUGGAAUUCACCUCUCCUGCUCACACAGUUCCAACUUUCCAUCCAUUCACAGAUAACGUGCCAACUCCAAAAAUUACUGCCAGUGAGAGAAAUUUUUUGCUGUCUGUGCUUGAGUUGGCCUCACCUGGAUCGAAGCCAGAAACUUCUCAGCAGCCUUCUUGCAAAAGGGCUCUUCUUAAUAGCCUUUGAAGGGUAUAUAUAUGUUCGAUGCAAAUACAUUUUGCAUUUUUCGGUUCUCACCGUAUCCAGCUCCAAGCCCGCCAUGCUCCUCAGCAUGUAUACCUUGGCUCCCCUAGAUCUAAUUUUAACUAGGGUAGUUCUCCCUACUCCUAUUUGCAUCAAAGUGUGCCUAGCUCGUGUCAUAGUUCAGCUGUUUGUAUGAGGUCUCAAUAGCUUGGUUUGUUGUCGUUGGUUGUACAUAUCGCAUUGGCGGUGUUGUAGUAGCAUACAAAAUUUGGAAAAAAGGGGGGUGAUGUACCCUGAGAGUUACAGCUUGUAUUCAAAAUAUAGAAUAAGGUAUUCUUUGUGUAAUUAACCCUUUGUAACUUCUAUCCGGGCGCGGAAUAUAUUGGCUUGGUUUGUGGUGUGA